UCCCUGAGCACAGAGAGGUCAGAAUAAUUAGAUUCUGUGGUUGUGGAAGUGACUGAUUAUUUACAAUGAUUCCUGAGUGUGUCGAGUGGAGUGCCUCAGCCUAAGGUGAAGAUGAUUUUCGUGCUGCAAAUUAUGUCUUUCACUUUGGCCUUUGUGUCAACUUUUUUCUUGGUUGUGGCUACCUGGACAGAUUGUUGGAUGGUGAAUGCUGAUGACAGUUUGGAGGUCAGUCAGAAAUGCAGGGGUUUGUGGUGGGAGUGCGUCACAAACUCCAUGGACGGAAUCAGAACAUGUGAUCAAUACGACUCCAUAUUAGCAGAACAUCCACUAAAGAUAGUGCUCACUCGAGCGCUAAUGAUUACAGCAGACAUUCUGGCAGGCUUUGCACUUAUUAUAUUAAUGUUUGGAUUGGACUGUGUGAAGAUUCUAAGAGACGAACCUCAGAUCAAAUUAAGGAUCUGUUACAUGGCAGGCUUCAUUUUUGGAAUAGGAGGAAUUCCAGGAAUGAUCGGUUCUGUGUGGUACGCUGUGGAUGUGUACGUGGAAAGAGCAACAUUGGUACUGCAGAAUGUCUUUUUAGGAAUCCAGUAUGAAUUUGGUUGGUCUUGCUGGUUGGGAAUGGCUGGGUCAACAGGCUGCUUCUUGGCUUCUAUCAUGUUAACCUGUUGCCUUUAUCUUUUCAGAGAUUUGAGAACCGCCCGAUACAAUCUAUCCUUCUAUCAAUAUGGGAGAACAGCCACUGGCAAAAUGUACGCCAUGGAUUCACGUGUCUAGAAGCCUUUGCUCUAGAACUGUGUACUAGAGUUCCAUACAGCAGCUUCUCCUGUCUGUCAAAGGACAUGUAUUAUCCUUAAAAACAAAGUGAAAGGCUACAUAUUGCAGCUGGUUUUAAUUGUCAAUGCUUUUGAAUUGUUGCGUUGAGUAACACUGAAUCGCCAAGUGGAGGCCCUGAUGUAGUUUAGUCAAAUGCAAUCAUCAAGUGAAAUCACAAAUUUCUAUUUAGAAGAGUAAAUUGUUUUAAUAAAUCCUUUACAGUUGUGAUGAAAAGCUUGAUAUCACGUGACAAAAAGAAUAAAACAAUCCUUUGGAAAGUG